AUGUGUGAAAAGAAAAAGCAAAGAGCGAUAUAUGGCCCCGGAAAGACUAUGAUCAAUAGACCAGCUAGCUGGAAGUGGAGUGCAAGUGAAGAGUUAAAUGGUUCAUCACCUAAACGUGCCCUUACUGGUACUGAAGCUAGAAUUAAUGUGAAGGUAGGAGAAAUAGUACCAUUACUGCGAACUAAAAGAAACCAUGGAAAAACGCCAGUGCAGUAUUGGAAGGACUUUGUUAAAGCCGGGAUCUUUAACAUUGCUCAAAGAAUUCGCAAAGAAAUCGAAAAUAGAGAAGAGACAGCGAAGGAAGCGGAAGAUACCAGCGCACAGGAACAAGAGGAACAGCAAUUAAGAACUUUUAGUGCCUCCUUGCUCCCACUUUUAAGAUCAGAUUUACCCGCUGAUAUCCAAGAUACCUUUUUAAAAACCAUAUAA